AUGCCUUACUGGCAGCCCACCUUUUCCGGCGAUGCCGAAGAAAGUCUCGACCUGUUCUUUGAUGAUUGUGAAGCUGUCGUAUCUGCGAAUGGCCUCGACCGAUUUAAGGAAGAGCAACGAGAAAAAUACGACAGGCUAGAGUGCUCCGUUAUCCGGCAUGGCCUCCGCGGUAAUGCCAAGUUGGCGAUACGUUCUUGGUCGCUACGAGUGCUUCGAAACCCGGCUGCUCUUAAGGAAGCGUUGCGUGACCGAUUCCCGUACAGUUGA